GAAGAAGAGGGAUUUGACUAACAGUGGGCGCGUUGCUGCUGCUGCAGUUUACUGUUGUUUUGUCUUGGACACGGCUGACAGCUGCCUGAACCAUGAGUGAGUUCAGGAUCCACCACGAUGUGAACGAGUUGCUCAGCCUGCUUCAUGUCCGAGGGGGCGAUGGAGCAGAGGGCUACAUAGACUUACUGCAGAAACACAGGACUCCCUACGUCACCACUACAGUCUCUGCUCACAGUGCCAAGGUCAAAUUAGCAGAGUUCUCUAAAACCCCUGAGGACUUCCUGAGGAAGUACGAGGAGCUCAAGUCCAAAAAUGUUCGCAACCUCGACCCUUUGGUCUAUCUGCUGUCCAAACUCUGUGAGGAUAAAGAGAUGCUCCAGUUUCUGCAGCAGAAUGCCAAAGAAAGGUCAGAGUCAUCAGCAAACACAGCUUCAACCACAACUACCAGUUACACUCUGCCUCAGACCAGCACCAAGAUGUCCAUGCAGGAACUGGAUGAGCUGCGAAAGAAGCUCGGCAACGUGACGGCCAGCUCCAACGCUCCUCUGCCCGCUGAAGUCACACGGAAGAUGCUGAGGGACAAACACAACAAGAAGAACCCCACCCAGCCCAACCCCGUGUUUCCUAACUGGGUGUACGACCGUCCUGCUCUCCUCGGAGACUUCAUCACCAGCCCCACCCCUCCAGGAGAUCCACCUGUGGCCAUUGGUACGAUGCCCAUGGCUACUCAGGAACAAGCUCUGGUGGAGGAUCUGCUGUUUGUCCUGAUUGGAGUUGAUGGGCGAGACAUCACAGCUCAGCCUGUGCUGGGGAGACAGAACCGCUCCUUCAUUGUUGAUUCAACACUGGACAUGUCCAUCAAAGAGCUGGUGAACAGAAUAUUACCUGUCGCAUCGUAUUACUCCACUAUAACACGGUUCAUUGAGGAGAAGUCGUCCUUUGAGUACGGACAGGUGAACCAUGCCCUGACGGCGGCGAUGAGGACCCUGAUGAAGGAGUACCUGAUCCUGGUCACUCAGCUGGAGCACCUCCAGCGGCAGGGCCUGCUGUCCCUGCAGAAGCUCUGGUUCUAUAUCCAGCCCACCAUGAGGACCAUGGAGAUACUGGCGUCUAUUGCGUCCUCGGUGGACAAAGGAGAGUGUAUGGGUGGGUCAACACUGAGCCUCCUCCAUGACCGAACCUUCAACUACACGGGAGACAGCCAGGCUCAGGAGCUGUGUCUCUACCUCACUAAAGCAGCCAGCGUCCCUUACUUUGAAAUACUGGAGAAGUGGAUCUACAGAGGCAUCAUCAAAGAUCCAUACAGUGAGUUCAUGGUGGAAGAGCAUGAGCUGCAGAAAGAGAAGAUUCAGGAGGACUAUAACGACAAGUACUGGGAUCAGAGAUACACCAUCGUACAGCACCGCAUCCCCUCCUUUCUACAGAAGAUGGCAGACAAAAUAUUAAGCACAGGAAAAUACCUCAAUGUGGUGCGAGAGUGCGGCCGUGAUGUGACAUGUCCUGAUGCCAAGGAGGUCCUGUACACCCUGAAGGAGAGGGCCUACGUGGAGCAGAUAGAGAAGGCUUACAACUAUGCCAGCAAGGUGCUGCUGGACUUCCUCAUGGAAGAGAAGGAGCUGGUUUCACGCCUGAGAUCCAUCAAGCACUACUUUCUGAUGGACAAAGGCGAUUUCUUUGUGCACUUCAUGGACCUGACGGAGGAAGAGCUGAAGAAGCCAGUGGACGACAUCGUUCCUCCCAGACUAGAGGCCCUCCUGGAGCUGGCUCUGAGGAUGAGCACAGCCAACACAGACCCCUUCAAAGACGACCUCAAGAUUGACUUGAUGCCUCAUGAUGUCAUCACUCAGCUGCUGCGGGUGUUGGCCAUCGAGACCAAACAAGAAAAGGCCAUCAUCAACGCCGACCCGACAGACGUGGCCCUCAGCGGGCUGGAGGCCUUCUCCUUCGACUAUAUCGUCAAGUGGCCGCUCUCGCUCAUCAUCAACAGGAAAGCGCUGACGCGGUACCAGAUGUUAUUCAGACACAUGUUUUAUUGUAAACAUGUCGAGAGGCUGCUGUGCAACGUGUGGAUCAGCAACAAGGAUUUCAGGCAGUACUCCUUACAUUCUGCCAAGUGGUUUGCUGCCGCGUUCGCACUCCGACAGCGCAUGCUCAACUUUGUGCAGAACAUCCAGUACUACAUGAUGUUUGAGGUGAUGGAGCCCACCUGGCACAUCAUGGAGACCAACCUGAAAACAGCGUCAAACAUUGACGAUGUACUUUGCCAUCACACCAGCUUCCUGGACAACUGCCUGAAGGACUGCAUGCUGACCAACCCCGAGCUUCUCAGGAUCUUCUCCAAACUCAUGUCUGUCUGCGUCAUGUUCACAAACCGCAUGCAGCAUUUCACUCAGAGCAUGAGGUCAGAACGUCUCUCUCUGGAGCAAGGGACUCCCACUCAGAGCGAACACGCCGAGGAGGCAGAGAAGAAGAGGCUGACCACAAAGUUUUUAGCUGAGCACGUGGACGCCCUCCAGUCAGACGCAGGCUUUGAAGCCACCAUCAGCAAGUUUGACAGUAACUUCAGCAUGCUGCUGCUGGACCUGCUGGAUAAGCUGAGCAUCUACAGCACCAACGACUGCGAACACAGCAUGAUCAGCAUCAUCUACAGGUUGGAUUUUAAUGGAUUCUACACCGAGCGCCUGGAGAGGAUGGCCAUAGAGCGGAGUCAGAAAGCAGCAGCGUAGCAUGUUGUGCCUUUGUGUAUAUCAACCAUCACCCAGCAAUGAAGACGUCCUUUCCUCAUGCCUGUCCAUCAGUCCCACCCCAGACAUCGGCUGCUGGUUCAAAGAGCUGAUACUGCAGUGUGUGUAUAAUAGAUUACUUACUGUAUGAGAUGUUGAGUUAAAAGUCUUCAUGUUUGCAGCAUCAUUUCAGUGCUUCAGAUAUAAAUGAUAAGACGUGUGGAACCAAUAUGUUUAUUCUGCUCUGAAACUGUAUGACACUCCUUAUGGGUAACUUAUUGUACCUGCACAGUGAACAUUUGUUAUUUGUACUGCACUUCAUUAAAACAAGACUUGCUG